AUGUUCAGACGCAGCGGCUGCGUGUCCUGCGUCUCCAUGCGACACCUACUGGUUAACGCAUGCGCUGUGAGUACCGGAGAGCGCCAGCGGCCAGCAAACUCUGAACCUUCAAUAUCUUUCACAACGUUCGCAAAAUGUAUACAUGCAGGCCUUUCCUUUCAAAUUACCCAAGAUCAAGAUGCUGCUCUUUCACUAGAGUGGUCAAAGUCACAGGAGUCCAGCUUAAAAGAAGAGGAGGGUCAUGAUGAAUCCGGAGCCUAUCCUGGGAACACUGGGCAUGAGGGCUGCAGUGUGCUGACCUCGCUCUCACCCCAAUGCCACCCAGCCAGUGCGGGACUCAGGCGCGAUUGGCCCCUGCCAAAACUCCACAGCGGCACAUCUGCUAUCCAUAAACGCCAGCCACUCACUUCAUCUCCCUCGCCCACCCCCUACCUACUCCACUUCUCCUGUUGGUUUAUUUCUGCUUUGCCAUCUGAGCAGGCCAUGUACUGUUCUCCUGCCAUCUUGGGGUUUUUUUUUCUUCUUUUUUCGACUCUGCCCAAGCAAGCAGUGGUUGUUCUCUUAUUCCUGUCCUUCGCAACCCCAUCUCUCCCUCUUUAUCUUGUUCCAACGGAAAAAUUUCUCACCCAUUAUAUCCUAAACUGGAAGCCAGCUGAGUGUGGUGGCUGUGAAUUAGGAGCCGCAGGAUGAUCCAGCUCCAAGCCACCAGCCUUAACCCUUUCUGUUCUUCCCACGGCACAGUACUAUCACUGUCUGCAUGAGAUAUCCUAAUUAUAUCGCUCCAGUUUGGCUUUGUUGUGAGACAUGCAUUACUUUCACUCAACACUCAGUAAACCAAACAUUUCCUUCUGCAAAGGGCAGGGAUGUUUUCGGGUGAUCUGUGUGGUUCUAGAGGAAAGCUCCCUAUCCACAUUCCAUUCAUGUGUUGCUUAAAGUUAAGGACAAUCUCCAGUGUGGGAGGAUUAGAUUUCCUCUCUAGAUCAUAAGCAUUUGGCCAGGCGCACCACACCCAUUAGCUUUAAAAAAAAAAAAAAAAGAUGUGUUUAACACGUCCUCACUGAAUACCCUGUGUGCACUACGGCCUAAAAAAAUGAACAAAGAAAAUAAAUUGAGUGCCUCGACUUAACCGUCCAGAGCUUCAAGUGCACCCCUAGGUAAUAAAGAAGUAUUACCCUUGUGCAAUUGUUUUAUCAUUAUUUUGACUUUUUUUCCACUGUAAUCAAAUUCACAGUGUGCAAAAAAAAAUAUCACAUACUGAACUUUUGCUCCUUUAUAUCCUGGAUCACUCUGUCCUUUCCAAGCCCAAGUAUUCACCUUUUCUUUUCCCAGACAUAUUGGCACGAAUCUAUGGUGGGGUCCCAGCAGAACCCUGGGAUGAAUCAUGUAGCUGUAA